GAAGCCCGGGGUGUCCGGGGUGAAGGCAGGGAGGGAGCGGUGUUUCUACUGGCAUUGCAAAAUGGAGCUUAGCCGUGCCUCCGUGGAAGUGACCACAGCUGACAGGCAGAGGGAAGGAUACAUGACUUGCUGAAAAGAGAGAAAAUGCUAUGCUGGGGCUACUCGUCUUAUGGACAACCUGGGAUAGGUAGCAACCUCCAGGUCAUCAUUCCUGAACCACAGGUGUAUGGGUUCAUCCAUGACAGAAAUGUCAAGGAGGUGGCAUGUGGAGGAAACCACUCUGUGUUCCUGUUGGAAGAUGGGGAGGUGUAUACCUGUGGCUUGAACACCAAAGGUCAACUGGGACAUGACUGUGAAGGAAGCAAGCCAGAGCAAAUCGGGGCGCUGGCGGGGCAGCACAUCGUGCACGUGGCCUGUGGGGAGUCACACAGCGUGGCCCUCAGCGACCAGGGCCAGCUCUUCUCCUGGGGCGCCGGCAGCGACGGACAGCUGGGGCUCACCACCAUAGAGGAUGCAGUGACAGUGCCAAGGUUGAUAAAGAAAUUAAACCAACAGACAAUACUGCAGGUUUCCUGUGGAAAUUGGCAUUGCCUGGCUCUGGCAGCAGAUGGCCAGUUCUUCACAUGGGGGCAGAACAGCUAUGGUCAGCUGGGCUUGGGCAAAGAAUGUCCCUCCCAAGCCAGUCCACAGCGUGUCAAGUCUCUGGAUGGGAUCCCUUUGGCUCAGGUUGCUGCAGGUGGAGCCCACAGUUUUGCCCUUUCUCUCUCAGGAGCUGUGUUUGGCUGGGGGAAGAACAGCUCAGGACAGCUGGGACUAAGUGAUGAACGAGACCGAGAGUCCCCUUGCCACGUGAAGCUGCUGAGGUCUCAGAAGGUUGUGUACAUCAGCUGUGGAGAGGAACACACAGCAGUUUUGACAAAGAGUGGAGGGGUGUUCACCUUCGGUGCAGGUUCCUGCGGGCAACUGGGCCAUGACUCCAUGAAUGAUGAGGUGAACCCCCGAAGAGUUCUUGAGCUCAUGGGCAGUGAGGUAUCCCAGAUUGCUUGUGGCAGACAUCACACUUUAGCCUUUGUGCCUUCUUCAGGAAUGAUCUAUGCAUUUGGCUGUGGAACAAGAGGCCAGCUGGGAACAGGGCACACUUGCAAUGUGAAGUGUCCCUCUCCUGUCAAGGGUCACUGGGCAGCUCAUAAUGGGCAACUCUCAGGGAAACCUGAUGCCUGUAAAUACCACAUUGUUAAACAUAUCUUCUCUGGAGGAGACCAAACAUUUGUGCUUUGCUCCAAAUACGAGAAUUCCUUGCCUGCUGAUGAUUUCCGGACCAUAAAUGAAACACGUUACACCUGUUUAAUAAAUGAUGAAACUAUAGAUGUCUGGAGGCAAAAGCUUUUAGAAAAGAACAGUUCUAAUUCUGUCAAUAAUGUUGUUCAGAUACUGUCCUCAGCUGCCUGCUGGAAUGGAAGCUUCUUGGAGAAGAAAAUUGAUGAACAUUUUAAAACCAGUCCAAAGAUCCCAGGGAUUGAUCUGAACUCCACAAGAGUGCUGUUUGAGAAGCUGAUGAACUCCCAGCACUCUAUUCUCCUAGAGCAGAUACUGAAGAGCUUUGAAAGCUUCUUGAUUCCUCAGCUGUCCAGCUCUCCACCAGAUGUUGAGGCAAUGAGGAUCUAUCUGAUUCUCCCAGAAUUCCCACCCUUCCAGGACUCCAAGUAUUACAUCUCUCUGACGCUUCCUCUAGCAAUGGCUAUUUUGCGCCUGGAUACCAACCCCAGCAAAGUGCUUGAUAACUGGUGGUCUCAGGUGUGCCCAAGAUACUUCCUCAGGCUUGUGGACCUCUAUAAAGGUGCAGUGGUUUACCUGCUCAGUGGAAGGAAGACGCUGUUGAUUCCAGUCCUGUUCAGCAGCUACAUUACAGCUGCUCUCAGGCUUCUGGAGAAACUCCACAAGGUGAAUCAGAAGGUUAAACAUGUGGAAUACGAUAAGUUUUAUAUCCCUGAGAUUUCCAGCUUGGUGGACAUUCAGGAGGAUUAUCUCAUGUGGUUUUUGCACCAGGCUGGAAUGAAAGUAAGGCCAUCCAUCAUGCAGGAUGCUGUGACUCUCUGCUCUUACCCUUUCAUCUUCGAUGCUCAAGCUAAGACCAAGAUGUUACAGACGGAUGCAGAAUUACAGAUGCAGGUUGCAAUAAAUGGUGCAAAUUUGCAGAAUGUCUUCAUGCUUCUCACCCUGGAGCCUCUGCUGGCCAGAAGCCCUUUCCUGGUACUUCAUGUUCGCAGGAGUAACUUAGUUGGUGAUGCUUUAAGGGAGUUGAGCAUCCAUUCAGACAUUGAUUUGAAAAAACCUCUCAAAGUCAUCUUUGAUGGUGAAGAAGCUGUUGAUGCUGGAGGAGUGACAAAGGAAUUUUUCCUCCUGUUGUUAAAAGAGCUGCUCAACCCUAUCUAUGGCAUGUUCACUUACUACCCAGAGUCAAACCUGCUGUGGUUUUCAGACACGUGUUUUGUAGAACACAACUGGUUUCACUUGAUUGGCAUCAUAUGUGGUCUUGCAAUCUACAAUUUCACAGUGGUAGACCUUCACUUUCCCUUGGCUCUGUACAAAAAACUCUUGAAUGUUAAGCCCUGCCUAGAGGAUUUAAAGGAGCUGUCCCCGACAGAAGGAAGGAGUCUCCAGCAACUUUUAGAUUACCCUGGGGAAGAUGUGGAGGAGACGUUCUGUUUGAAUUUUACAAUCUGCAGGGAAAGCUACGGUGUGACAGAGCAGAAGAAUCUGGUUGAAGAUGGAGAUAAAAUCCUGGUGCAGAAGGACAACAGGGAAGAGUUUGUCGAAGCCUACGUAAAUUACAUCUUCAACCUCUCCAUCCAAGAGUGGUACACAGCCUUCUCUACUGGCUUCCUGAAAGUGUGUGGUGGGAAGGUCCUGGAACUCUUCCAGCCCACAGAGCUCAGGGCCAUGAUAGUUGGAAACAGUAACUACAACUGGGAGGAACUGGAGGAGAGCGCUGUCUAUAAGGGAGACUACACUGCCACACACCCAACUGUGAGAAUGUUCUGGGAGACCUUCCAUGCAUUUCCCUUGGAAAAGAAGAAGAAAUUUCUCUUGUUCCUGACGGGCAGCGACCGCAUUCCCAUCUACGGCAUGUCCAGCCUGCGCAUCAUCAUCCAGUCGACGCCCAGCGGGGAGCAGUACCUGCCCGUGGCCCACACCUGCUACAACCUGCUGGACCUGCCCAAGUACAGCAGCAAGGAGAUCCUCAGCGCCCGCCUCGUGCAGGCCAUCGACCACUACGAGGGCUUCAGCUUGGCCUGACCCACAGGGAGGCACAGACUGUGCUGAGCAGGAGAACCAUGGGCUUGGGCUUUAUUUUCAUAAGGGAGUAGAUCUCAACUUCUUUUUUUUUUUUUUUCUUUGGGAGGGGGUAAAUAAUAAUAAUAAUAAUAGAGAUUAUGCAGUUUCAGCCUGAUGCUGCCAGCAUUUUG